CGGGACUAUAGGCGCCUGUGCAGCUAGAGUCCGCGCGGUACAGCCGCGACUAUAGUGUUUAACAAACGUGCAACCAGUCCAUUCGCGACCGGCAGCCGGGCUGCACGCUCGAGAACCUCUUUGUCCGCCGUGUCUAUAAAUAAUCCAAGAAAGCGAGAUCCUGGAGAACGAUCGAUGCCAAAUCCUUCAGAUUUUAGGUAUUGGAGAUGAUCGAGAUCCUCGAGGACCGUAGUAUCAUGAAUCCCUGGAGGACUUUACCGUGAACCGGAAUCCUUCAAUUAGAAGGUUCAUGAAGGAAGCUUGGGUGGUGAUUCUUUGUCUGAUCCUUGGAUAACGUGGAUCGAUGGUCUUUGAACAUGGCGCAGGUAGAAGGUGUGGUAACGCGAAAGGACUAGGAAAACUUGGAAAGAGCUUGAAGAUUCGAAGGAGAAAGUGUUUGGAAGAGGUUUCGUCCUCUGGUGACGUGGGACGUGAUUAGGUGAAGAUGAAAGGUCUUCGAGUGCGAGUGUCGAUUAUCUACGAACGUUCUUAGACAGUGUCUCGUUGAAGGUUUUCUAAUAUCGUCGGAGCUUGUCUCGAUCGAACAUAAGAUUCUCACGAUGAAGGGAAACGGGAUCCACGGUGGUUUUCCAAUUCAGAUAGUUUCUGAAGGUUAACCGCGAUGGUGGAGAGGAAUGGCGCGUCGAUCGGCCCAAAAUCGCAACCGAACCGCGUACAAUGGCCACGUCUUCGACACUACGCGUUCCCAAGACUCGACGGAGUUGGAAAGUUAGCGCGGAUGACCCAGACUCAAGCGCGAUCGAGCAUGAAAUCAAUUCGAGACGGCGAGACGCGAAGCAGAGUGGACGCUGAGCGCAAUUUACCUGGGGUCUCGCGAAAAUCCCUCGAUUCGCUUCCUCCGCUCUGCAACCGAUCCCUCCUCGUCGCCAUUGUCGAUUCCGAGGGAUCGAUAACGCGAUUCGUCUCGUGAUCCAGCCUCCGAUCCUUCGAACCUUGCUAUAGUUCACGAACGAUCCACGAACAGAGUUCAGAGUUCGGAUAGAAGGGCAAGAUACCGGAAGAGGUCACCGAAAGGUUCGAUUCUUUCGAGAUUCGCCGAUAAAUUUGAUAAAUUCGUCGAGGAAGAGGAACGCUCGAGGAGAAACGUUUCUGGUAGAGGAUCGUGUAGUUAACAGAGAAGUAAAUGCACUCGGAGGAGUUUCUAGAAGCGACGUCAUCGAUAUAACCACCGCAAGACUGUUUAUCGUUCGCCUGUCCUUCGUUGACACCGAUUAAACGCGCCUCAGAGCGACGCUUAUUGAGCAGAUCACUUCCGAAUGAACUGGCAGACAAGGACUGGCACCAGCCACGCUCCUGUCGAUGCUACAUAAGGCGGUUUGCUACCACCUGCCAGUGUCUCUGACACGCGAGUACCUUGUUCUUCAACAGAGACCUCGGAUCAUUGUGCUCGUUCAUCCAGAUCUGUCAACUAUUUUGGUAUUGAUCGGCUUCUUUACUACUUUUCUUCGACAUAAACUGUUUCUUCUUGAUGUGGUGAUACAUGACGUCAGAUAUGGUGACUGGUGAACUGACAUUUGGUGAACCUUGAAUGACCAAUAUGUGAGUUUCAAGAGUAGAUGAUCGAUCAUUGAGAUUCAUGGAUCAUUUUUAAUUGCUUCUUCGCCAUUAUUCUUCAACGCAGACUGUUCUUUCUACGAUAUGAUGUACGAUAUAAGAUAUAUCGGUGAACUUUGGAUUACCAAUUUGUGAGUUCAAGCGGACAAUCGAUAGACCAAUCAUUGCGAUCGAACAUCUCUCUUUUUUUUGCUACUCUUCUUGAGUGUAGAUUUUUCCUCUUUUUAGUGUGAUUUACGAUGUGAAUAAGACAUUGGUGAACCGAGAUACGGCGAGCUUCGAAUGAACGAUACGUGACCGACAAACAGUUGAUUAAUCAAGUGAUCGAAUAUUGAAAGUAUUUGAAAAAAAUCACGAACGUUCGAAUUUUUAAUAAUUUUUAAUUAUUCACAACAGCUGGAUUUUUUAAAUAAUCCAAAUUUUAACCAAGGUCUCUGACAAUUUGAUAUACAGAAUUUAAUAGUUAUUUAGUAGAUGUUUAAAACUAUUUGAUAUUUCUCGUAACUCUCGUGCAACUAAAUUUUUUCAAGCAAUGCGAAUUCCACGCGAUCAAGGACUUUAUUGCAAUUUAAUAACUGCGGUUUUCAAAUUAUAUAAUAUUUUUCCACUGACUCUCUUCUCAGCUGGAUUUUCCGAUAUGAAUUCCAGGCCAAGGCCUUUGUAACAAUUUAACGCGAAUGUUCGAAAUUAUUUGACGUUACCGAUAACUGCUUUCUAGCGAAUUCUACGAAUAAUACGAAUUCUAGAGGAUCGAGGUUUCUGUGACAAUUUAACGCACGUUCGUACGAUCUUUUCAACGUCAAGUAACUUGAUUGGACCGAAUUCUUCGAAUAAUUGGAAUCUUUGCCGAUCGACUUCCGUGUAACGUUACAACGCACGUGUCUACGAUUACUUUCGGACUGCUAAAAUUUUCGGAAUUUUGUUUUUAACGUGGCACGCGCGCUUGCGAUCCUCAGCUACGACUCAAUGAUUUCUUCGAACAGAGCUCCAUUCAGACGAUUUUAUGAAACAAAGAAGACACUUCUGCCGCGUCUACUAAAUUGGUCUCGUUUAAUAAUCAAGAUCUCGGUGCAUAGAAGCGUAACAUCGCUAUGAUUCUCUGAGACAACGAGUUGAUCAAGCUGACCUCCUUGUCAAACCCUGAAUCCCAAACGACCGAGCCGAGAAUCGCUAGAAUAAUCAGGAUCUUCUUGUGCAAUCUAAACCAACUUCGUCUUGGAAAAUCUAAAAUGUCGACGAGUAGCGUAGCAGAAAAGAUCGUACGACGAAAAGUCAAGCUAUUCGUAAAUAAAUCUUAGAAGAUCAAAAAUAAUUCAUCGAACAAUAGCCAAUCAAAAAUACAUUAUCGUAUCUUACUUAUAAACUCGCAAGAUUUCAAAUAUAGCUAAGAAUCUCAUCCGAUUUGUUUAAAAUUGCCAUCUUCAAUCAUAAGAUUUAAAGAAGUUUCCGAUCAGCAGACAAUCGAAUAAUCGAUUCGAGCUUCAAAACGGAAUGCAGUUGAGAAUACAUUGAACGUCUUAGACAAGAUCAAUUCCCUGAACGAGGCAAGUCGAUCGUGUUACGUUUCGGAAUCUCACAGAGUCCCGUGAUUCUCUGCAUCAUUGAACAAGUUGACCGUCGCGAUCUCUGGCAGAGUGGUGCUAAAAAUACUCGGCCAUUGGUGAUUCGACUCGAUCGACAACACGAUUUCCACGAAAUCGUAUUCCAGAAACGGUGGCGCGGCCCUCGAUCGUUCGACGAGUCGCAAUAAAGAAUAAUCGACCGGGCCUCGAGGCCGACAAGGUCGCAGGAACGUUGACCGAUCUUUCAAGAUCGCACGGCAGACUCGACGUGAAGCUCGAUCGGUGGAUAAACGAGGAUAAAUCGAAGGGCAAGUCGUGGGAUCCCUGACCAAUGUCAAGCAACGCACGACGGUACUUUGGCCAGACGCUAAGAAGCGUUUACACGCUGAACGUGUAACAGGAAAAUCGAAAUUCACGAUCGAAUGGAGGAUCGAGCGUGAAGCUAGAUCGGUGUAUGUAUGAAAAUAAAUUCAAGAAUAGAUUGCGUGACAUCAUCGAUGCGAAAGAAAACCACUGGACAUUUGAAAAGUCGUGGAAGGUCGUUGACCAGUGUCAACGAGGGAAAAAUCGACAGUUUUGAUGAAGAUACACCGAAGAUAUGAAAACAGAGUCUAACUUCAAGACCGACAAGCUGUAUAGGGUGACGGAUAUUAAAAGGACUACGUAAAUUCAAGAAAUUCAAGAUCGCGUGAAAAUUUCGAAGCUUAAUAAACGAGACAUAAAUCAGAGAAUAAAUCAUUGCCAAUCAUUUGACGAAAAUCUCGACGACUUAGUGGCGCUGAAGAAUAAAACUAGAACCGAAGAUACUGUUGGAGACACGAUAUUAAACUCGAUUAAUAGUUGAGCGAGAAUAAAUCACGGUGAAAGUCCUAUCUCCAACGAAUAAACGCGACUAAAACGAAGGAAAAGUCAUGCAAAAACGCUGACCAACGUCAACUAAGAUUCGACGACGUUUUAGCUGAAACGCUAAGGACGAUACGCGAGAAUAGAAUCGAAACGGCGCCAUGGUGUCCGUUCUCGAACGAAGAAAGCCAGUCUGUGAUCGUUGCACCUGUCGCUAUCUGUCAGGCUGGUAAACACGAGGCAAAACCUUGAGACCCGUUCGCGAGCUCCUCGACCCGGACAGUUAAAGAGUAAAGAGGGUACAGCACACCUGACUCGAAGCUCCUUUCUUGCGACAGCUGCGUGUUUCGGUCGAACACGAUUGACAGAGACGUGAUUGUUACGUUUACGAUCGUGUUGAAUCGAUGGUGGAAACUGGAAGAAGUGAAAAAAUUGAUUUUUCAACACUUCCACAUAAUCGUCGUAGAUACGAAAAGUUUUGAAUAAUUGGUGAGAAAGAGGAGAGUAAAAAGUUGAAAUUGACGAGGAAAAGGAAGCUUGGUCAGAAGAUGAGAUUUAUGUCAAAUGACUUAUCUUUCUGAAUAAAUUUAAUGAUCGAAGUGGAUGUUGCUGGUAAUCGUGAGGAUCUUGUUCUCACGUAAAGGACAACUUUGUAAGUUAAUUAUACAGGAAGUUUAAUUUAGAAGGUAAGAUUGCUCGAAUCAAGAUCCGUUGCUCCGGAUGCUGUAAAAAGUAACCUGUUUUAAGGAAAGGAAUAGAUCGAUAACAGUUUAAGGCAAGUUAACGAAGAUAACGAAGCGUAGAUAUUAAUCGCGAACAAGGUUCCUAUGUUAAAAAUGACCAAGCUGCAGAUUUUUCAACGAAGUUGUUAACUUUCUAGAAAUGAAAUCAUAAAGCGCAAAGCUUCGAGCUAAAAGGAGUGUUUCGCCGAAUUCCCAAUGGUCGACGUUGAUCAUACUUAUAAUUAACAUUGAUCGUGACUUCGAUACUUCUACGAAGAUUUCAAUCAAUGCUAUAAAUAAUCAAUUGAAGCGGCAAAUAUACCUCAUAUAACAACUAUCGAUCGAGUAUCGAUCGUAUCCAAAACGAUCAUCGUAAUUCCAUCCUUUCAAUAAAAAUUUCAAUUACCACAAACACCGAUAGAAUGUUUAAUCAAUUUAUUAAAAAGAUGUUUUAUCGAAUCACCGAUAAAUGACGGAAAUUACACUUGAAAUUAACAUCGAUCGUAUAUCUGUAAUAUUUCUACGGAAAUUCUAAUCAGCGUUAUGAACGCAUCGAUCGAGUGGAACGAUAUUUCAUCGCCAAGAAGCCACAUUAAUCAUACUUAAAAUAAGCACCGAUCGUAACUUCAAUAUUUGCGGAGCUAGCAAAACUUCCAAUCAAUCGCACAAACACUUGUGCACGUAUUCUCGAAAGGAAACGCGAGAGACCACGAAGUGACGCGAUUUGAAUCAACACCCUCGCCAAAAGCAGACACCCAAUCAAUCCGGCAACUCACUCAGCCUCGAAACCACGCCUCGUCGACGACGUGCAGCACAAACAAAGCGAAAGCCGAAGCAAACACAGCGACGAUCGUUGCGGAGGAGGCGCGAAACCGGUGACUUGACCACGGGCAAGAUCGACGGCCGAAUGACGUCAAGGUUUUCGCUGGAACCUCGAAAAGAAGGAGAAAAGAAGGAUGCAGCCGGAUCGCUUUGUGCCUGCUGGAAACGUUAAAUAUAGCCGGAAGAAUUUCCGCGGCAUCCACGCGCUCUUCAUUCGCUUUGCUCGAUUUUCCUAGACCGCGAUUUAUGCGAAACGAGUGCGAGGCCCCUCUUUCGACUGUCGUCGUUGUCGCGCGGAGACUACCGCAGCUUCGUGUUACACGGUUGUACGUGAAUUAGCUCGGUUUUACUUCUAACGUUUCGGCUGGUGGAUUUCCUCGAGGCAUUUGCGAGAGGAAAAAUGCUGAUCACCAAGUAUACUACGAUCCUGCUGCAGUCUACCAAUCAACAUAUUCUCAGGAGCGAUGUCUUCCUGGAACCGUAUCUGCAGCAGCAUGGAACCGUUCAGGUUGUCAGCUCGCCGAGCACGCCUCCGCCAAAUCCGCUGCAGCAUCAUCAGCUCACGCAGCUACAUCAUGUGCAGAGCGAGGAGUCGCUUUCCUCGGAAGGGUCGGCCACCUCGGGUGGAUCUUCGAGCUCGACGGAAGAUUCUGGCAGCGAGGUCGCGUGCGACAUCACUCUGAUCGAGAGGCUUAUACGCUCGCAUCCGAUUUGGUUCCUUCCUGGCAUCCAAAGAGCCGGCGCUUUCCACUUGUUGCAAGGCAAAGAGGAAGGGAACUUCGUGGUCCGCCAGUCAAGUCAGAGCGACACGAUGGCCCUGUCCGUGCGGCUGCCACCAGGAAAGGGACCGUACAUCGAGCACUACCUGAUCCAAGCCAACAAGGGGAAGCUGAGCUUGGAGACCAGCGAGAACAGGUUCGACAACAUCCCCUCGCUGAUCGCCCACUAUUCUCAGUGUUGUGACGAAUUGCCGGUCCAAUUGACACUGCCAAGGGCGAUGCGCGAGGCCAAGAAUAGGCAGCAGCUCUCCUCCUUGGCGCUUCUGGGUCAGGAAUUCUGGAGAUACCCGAUGGCGAAUCCGAAACCACCGGAGAGCAGCAGCAGCAACACGUCUAGCUUAAGCAGUUUCCGGGGUGGUAACAAUAAUUUGAAUAACAACAAUAACAAUAUUCAUACGCCGACGACGGAGAGUAUCGUGUUGAAUUUGGCGCCAAUCUCGUCGCAUGAUACCCGAAGCUCGUCGCCUACGGGCGCCUUGACGACAACCACAUUCGCGUCGUCGUUGCCUCGACAGCCUCGUCCAACGCCACCGAACACCUUGAAUUUGACAACCUUCAACGAGCCUUUGGACCUGAAGAAAGAGAAGAUCUCGCCAGGCGACAAACUGUCCCAGAAAUUAAUCUCCCCUAAUCUGGUGCAGAGCGUUCGUUGCCCUUCACCUGUGGUUCACAACGUGGAGAGUAACGUGCUGAGUCCUGUCCAGGACACCAAAGUCAGCUUCGAGUCGAAAACCAUGGCUGAGACUUCGAAAUCGACGAUGGUCGAACUGUCCAGGACCAGAUUCUCCUCUGUCAGCACUUCCAUGAUGAAUUUCCACCAAAACGUGUCGACGUUCAAUAAUCUAUCCUGCACCACGUCCCCUGUACUACCUGAGAUAAGAAAUAUCAUAGCGGAGAAUCAUUCUCUGGGACAGAAUGUGAAAACGCCACCUCCGCCGCCUCCGAGAUGGGCCAAACCCGCGAUUGGUCCGAAUCAGAAUAAUUUCAGCGUUACUACCACCGUAACGUUCAAUGUCAAUCACUCGAAUGAUAUCGGUAGCUCUCAGAACACCCCAUCGGACCCCAACACUUCUCUAUUGAGCCCACAGAGCGCCACAUCGAACAAGUCUCUGACCUCAAACUUCUCCGUAAAAUCACCCUUGUCUCCGACGACGCCGAUACUUUCCCCAAUGUCAAAACUAGUCCCAAACACAGGCGCCAAGACGCCCAACGUUCUUUCACCAACCACGCCAUCCAGUACGAGCAAAUCGAAACGAAGACGAGAUCGAGAAGCUCGAAAGAACUCGCAACACUACCAAGAAUCUGACAUUUUGGAGUCGUACUAUCGAAGUUCGCCUGGAGACAAGAUUUCGGACUACGAAGAUAUUUGGAAUACUACCGAUCAAUCGAACCAUUCCACCUGGUCUCCCAACGACAAACUGGCCAGGAAUGAUGGACCAGCGAACCCUCAGGACCGACUGAGGAACUCGAACGAUCGACUGAUGGUUCCAGACAGAGUUGCAAAUCCAAAUUCCGAGAGAAAUUUCAACGAACGACUGCCAACGAGCGAGCAGUUGAUAGUGAGGAACGAGAGGAUGAUCGUGAGAAACGAUAAGUCGAUUGGAAAUGAGAAAUUGAGUUACAAGGAGAUGACCAGUCCCGAGUUUAGCAGCUUUAAGCCUGCUCAGGAGGUGAAGCCUGUGGAGCAGAGCAAUGGAUCGCCGGAAGAAACAGGAAUGGGAAGGAGACCUGAUCUGUUAUCUCGAGUCUCAGGUAGCGCGAAUUCCUUGAACAGUCCCAGCACGGUGACACCUCCCAGGAACAAACUAGGCUUAAUGCUGGCCAAAUCAGAGAGCAACAGCCCCCUGACACCAGAGUCGAAGCAGGGUAGUCCGUUUUACGCGGAGCCAGCGGACGCUAUCGCGCAGAACGCGGCGAUAAUACCAAGAAGACGACCUAGGAACAACCCAGCAACGAAUAAAUAUCGACACAGCGAACCAGGGUGGCUACAAACGCCAGUAGGUGCAAAUUCUAAUCAGCUGCAUCCGAUCGACUGGGAGGAAUCGGAAGAAACGGAAGAUAAGACGCCUCUGAUCUCGUCUUCCGUGGAUAAUCUGGCCAAAAGACUCGGCACCAAAGAGACGAAGAAGAUUCCACGUGCCAAGCCGGUACAACCACCAAAGAUCAGGACCAAGGUGUUCAACGACACUUCCUGGGCCGUGGACUCCAGCUGGGAAUUUAUUGGCAACGAAGGAGACGACUGCGAUCCGGACUACGACUGUGAUGCAGAUUACGAGGGCGACAAUGUGGCCAGAAAGUUUCCGGACGAGGAGUGCGACAGGGACGUUGUUGGGAACACUUUGACCGUUCAGAGUAUCAUCCUCCAACGGUACCCAGAGCUGUUGAAACCGCCAGACACGUCGGAGUCGCUUUACAGCGACAGGAACUCCUCGUACGACAACGUCGAGAAGAGGAACGAAGGAGAGGAGGCUGGAGACACCAGGAAGGACCAAACUUAUGACUCUUCCGAAUGGGAGACGCCAUUGGAGACGGACGAAAGCGACGUGGAGAGGAUGAAGAGGAACAAGAGCUUCAAAGAACGACUGGACCCUCUUCUCUCUCCUCCGAGGUUGCAAGCCCUCAGGAAUCGUGAAAACGGAGGCACAGGCUCCACCAUAAGAUCGUACGCCUUGCAGCUAGCCGCUGACAAAACUACCACCUUCUCUCAGAAUAUCGAUAAUUUCAUCCAAUGCACGAAAGAAGGGAAAGAAGCCAGUCCGCACGUGGUUAUGAGAAACAUGAGACAGUUCAUGUCUGGAAUGAAAAACUAUUUGGUGAAACACGGCGAGAAGGAGUUCGAGAAAGAAGUGGAGAAGGAAAGAUUGAAGCUGAAGGCAAAUGAAUUUUUGAAUCUGGACGCCAUUUUGGAGGGCGUGAUGAUGAACCUGGUGGUCAAACCGCUCAGGGAACAUGUUUACAGACUGUUCGUGGAUCAUUACGCGACCACCGGUUCGUUGCAAACCCUCGCCGAGAGCAUUCAGCACGCCCAAGGGAAACACAUUCAGGAUCUCGGCGUUCGACCAAAGAUCAUACCCCCAUCAGAGCCCAAUUUGGAACGAAUCCUCAAGUGCAUCGAUCGUCUUCAGAAGGCGGAUUCACCUUUGGAUAAGCUGGAAAACCUUCUCGCAGCUUUUUCGGCAAUUUUCAACUCUGUAAAACACGCAAAUUCUGGCAGACACCUGGCGCUGGGUGCCGACGACCUCCUUCCUCUUCUCGUUUGGGUGUUGGUUCGUGGCAGAGUUGUGGACGCUGAAGUGGAGGCUGAGUAUAUGUGGGGCUUGCUUCAUCCCUCUCUUCUCACUGGCGAAGGGGGAUAUUAUCUGACGACCUUGUCCAGCGCAGUUCACGUUUUGAAGACGUUCAAGUCCAGCCAGGGAACGAUGUCCACUUUAAAUGGCUGUGGAACACCAGACUGUUCAUCCGUACUACGAAUCUUAGUGCCAGAUGAACUGCAUGGAUCCCUGAACACCAGAACGUUGCCUGUGCGACCGAAUAUGAACACGAGAGAGAUCUGUCGCAUUCUUGCACAUAAAAUUAGAUGCACCAACCCCCAGGACUAUGGACUGUUCAAACUGGUUCAAGGGGAAGAAACGUUACUCGGUGACCAUGAGUGUCCGCAAGAACUGUCUCACUGCCUUUUCGCUUACAAGCGGAUCGACGCGAAGAUAGCCUGGCCGAAGACCAGUUCUUAAGCAUCGCGAGCAGAAAACCUCGUAGAGUUAACGAUGUCGAUUUCGUGGUGGCGAAACUAACGAGUCUGAAACACCUGUCUCUACUCUUACUGUUAGUUUCGUUGCUAGCACCAUGUUUUCCUUUUGAUCGUCUCAUUGUUCACACUUUUUACAUAUAAGUCCGUAACGAAUUUUUCAAUUUCCAGCACAAAAAAAACCUCUUCGGUAAUCUAACUAACUCUUAGAAUAUACUUGAACACUGCCAGGUAUAGACAGCUUUCGAACGAUCGACGUAAAAACGAAAAAAAGUCCACUGAAAGCGACCAAAGUUUAAUUUAAGAAAAACGAUUACUAAACCUUGUACUUUUAUUCGUAAAUCAUGUUAAUCUAGAUCUAUAUUCCCACAUAUCCGGUAUUUAAAAUCAGUACAAUCGUCAUCAUUCUAUUGGUCGCUUUUUAAUAUAUAGAAUUCUUGCCCAUAUUUUUUGUAAUUAGUAAUUAACGUAAAGAAAAAGAAGGACUUCUCUUAGCUGCGCGAUGGUCCAAAGAAAUUUUAUUGUUUGUCUGAAUCAUAUAGCUGUUGAGGAUGAUGAUUAUAGUAGUGCAAUCUAGUAGUGCAAUGCGUAGCUGGGAACGAUCUCGAAGUAAGAAUUUCAUAUAACGCAGCUAAAGAGUCUGAAAAAGCAGAGUAUGAUCUUACGAUCGGGCGAUUAGCAUUCAAUCGGAUUUAAUUUGCUAUACAAGCAGGUGCUAGAGCGUCGGAUCGGCUAAACGGAGGGUCGAUUCAGUUCGUUUGUUGGCACUGAACCGGAGAUUUCGAACAAAUUUCCGCCGAACGACCGUUUCUUAUUUAUGAACACAUGAAUAAUACGAGAUAAAGGAUCGUGUAUUACUCAGUAUUCGAUAUUUUGCAAAAUUCUUCGAUAACGAAGCUAUUGACUAAGUCUCAUUGAUGAAAUAGGUUUCGAAUCGAGGAAGCCGAUGGAAAAUCCUGCACUUUUUGCUGCAAGAAAUCAAGGCUUUGAAUCCUUUGCGAUUGUCCUUCGAUCUCGAAACCUACUUCACGAGAGAACACGAAGUUUUUUAACGGGAUGAAAUCACUAAAAAGAGAGCAACCAAAUGUCUCUGUAACGUUUCUUUCGAAAUAAAUUUACCGCAGAUGACUUACUUACUUAAUUCUCUUAUUAAAAUCAUUUUUAGCAUAUCAAUCGAUUAUUUUAAAUAUUUUUAUACGAUUAAUCGAUUAGAUUGAUGCUGCCAUCUUACUCUUUGUAUCAAUCGCUCAUUUUUGUAUUUUUAACGUUAUUAUUUCUUCUUGACAUUUUGUUAGAAAAAGUCAAUCUUUACCAUGUACGAAUUAUUUAUAUGUCAAAGGAGAUCAGAGAUAUGUUGGAUUGCCUCUGUUAGGGGUGAUUCAAGCCUAUAGUGUAACCGAAUAAAAAUCAUAGGGGGAUUACCCCUUUUAAUACAAAUUGAAUAUUAGACUUAUAUAUAUAUAGAACACGAAAGGCUAGUUUAGACUCUAUUUUAAGUACUUUCUCGUCGAGACAUUGGCGGAUUAUACAAGCAAUCUGUACUUUAGACGGACGUCGCAUAUUUAUUGGGAAGUUGUACACAAUAUUUUACUAUCAUUCGUCGGAUUUUUCCUUUUUUUUUUUUUUUCGCGCGUGCGUGCGCGCUUCUCGCUUAUUCCUUUCUCCGAAUCUGCCAGGCUGAUUUGCUCACCUAAUAUUAUUAUAAAAGGCUGUGGAACUAAUUAAUCUCUUACUCUCUCCCUCUCUCUCUAUCUCUCUCUCUCUCUCUCUCCAGAAAUGAGCAAUUAAAUACAGAGCAGAGUUCGAUCAUGUUUGUGUUUUUGGAGGAUUUGUAUGGGGGUUGAGAUAUGAGGGUUGGAGCGUAAAUCGUGGAGCGAAUAUUUUGCUACUGAAACUCUCGUACAAAUCAGCCUUGCAAUUGUUAUUAGGUAUUGUCUUAUAUAAGAAAACGAACAAAAAAAGGAAAAAAGAAAAAAGUGAAAAGUAACAGGAUGUGUAGCCCUCGAUAAAUACGUGUAAUAAUAUACGAUAAUAAUUAUUAGCAAUUUAUAAAUGUACAUUUCUCCUUUAUAUGUCGUAUCUAAUUUAUUAUGAAGCGAAUUUUUAAUACCUGUAAUGUCGUAAUUAAUAAUAUCCCUCUGCAUUAAACGUGCUUUCGAUCCUCCACCCCCUACCCCUCUUCGAAUCUAAUUGAUUACGAUUAACCGUAAUGUUAAUGCUUCUAAUAUGCUAGUCAAGCCGAUACAAAUCAGAAGUUUGUAAAAGAGUACCGUUUUUUCUCUCCUCUCUAUGGCCCUUUUUAUAGAUGUAACUUUUCACGUGAUAGUUUCUACUUGUUGACAAAAAAAAAAAAAAGAAGAGAUAAGGUAAUAUCAUUGAUGAUCGAUUAUUCUCACCUUUAUUACGAUUACUGAUUAUGAUUACUAUUGUAACGUGUAACAGUAUGCUCAAUAAAAACUUUUCUAUAAUUCGAACAGUGGAUGGAACAGUGCUAAUGUGGUAUACAAAUAAUUGUGUAAUAAAAUUUCGUAUGCAGAGCGAAACUAAUGCUUCGUCAUCUAAUUAUUUUCUUUUCUCUUUGUUUUUACACUACCUUGCGAGUGUAAUGAUUGUAUAACGAAAGAGUAACGAAACAGACUUGUACCAGGAAAAGAUGAUUACAGGGUUAACAAUAGCCCCGACACGAUACAACGUAUGUGUGUCAUAUUUGCAUCGAAAUCUUUUUGUUUUUUUUUUUUGGUAUUAUAAGAGCGCGCAUUUGUGCCGUCUGGCAAUCAAGAAAUAUUAUCGGUGAACAGACUGUCGGUAUUUAUAGCUACGGUUGUAAUGUUAUAAAUAACCGAUCAAUCUUAUCAACUUGUGAUAUUGCUACAACGUGUGAAGUGGCGAUGUUACCUACGCGUGAUCUAGGCCUGGAUUUCUACUAAAAUCAAUGAAGCACGUAUCGUUAGAUUAAUAAAAUAGAUGAUGAAGAACUUCAUAGUAAAAUUUUAAUAGAAACUCAUUUUACUUUCCUACUUUUGCAUUAAUUACAAGGAAUGAUUAAUAAUAAUUAGAUGCGAGCGAAUGAAGACUUUGAUACUAUAAUUUUAUUCGUAAAAAUUAUUUACGUAAAAUAAAUUACAAUAAAUAGCUAUAUAUAACUAUAAACAUAUUAUAAUAAAACAAUAAUAAAUUUUGUUCAUAAAAUAUAAUAAUUCGCUCAUAUUUAAUUAUUAAUCAUUCUUGAUGAUUAAUACAAAAUUAGGAGGGUUGGGCAAGCGGAAUAUUGCAAAAAAAUUACGCAAGGAGGGGAAUAUGAAGAUUAAAAGAUACGUAAUCAAAGAAAAUAAAUUAGGCUUUGUUAGCAACGAAAUUUUAAUAAAAUUCGAAAACACGAAUACAAUGUUGCUUAAAAAUGCAUAUCUUUUGAAAUUCUCGUUACGAUAAGAAAUAGUCGAAUGCUUUCCACGCGAAGGAGGCACAUGAACAAGGAUUACAAGUGGAAAUAUUUAUUAUAAAUCAAAACUUACAUUAUUUAAAUAACAGUACUUGCACCUGAGAGCUGCAAUACCUUAAACAAUUUAUAGAAUAAAGCGACUACUUCCGACAAUAACUGAAGACUAAAGACCUUAUUCCUAAUAUUGUAUCACAUCUAUUUCUCGACUAUGAAGAAGUAGAUCGAUCGACGUUUGAUUGAUCUACGUACGGUCCACGUAAAACUCGAGACAGAAGGUAAAUUUUCUUAAGAUAAAAAUAAAACAGGGUUGCCUUCUAUGCCAAAAUAAAACUUACUAAAAUAUCUAAUAAAUAAUAAAAUCGUAAUUUAAGCGAUUAAAAAUUACAGCUGUCUUUUACCGCUUACCAAGAGCUGAACAUAUAUUACAAAUGAAUAUCAAACAAGAAUUAACGAAAUAAUUUUAAAAAACAAAAUUAUUUCAAAAUCUGACCUAAUUUAACCAAUAGUUAAACAUUGAAGUUACACUUCGUACAAAUAAUUGCAUCAAGUUUAACUAAAGGAUCAAAAUUAAGCCAAAUAUGUAAAUAUAUAGUACGAGUUUCUAUGUUAAACAUAUAGAAACAAUUUUAAUUCGAUUGCACUUAGAUUGCACUUAAAAAUACCGUUAAAACCCAGCUGGUGAAUUGUAAAAAACAAUUGUAUCUUAGAUACACUACAUGCUAGUUAAAAUACAGAGAAGCGAGUAGAAUUGUUUACGUUGAGAACGAUUGUGAAAAGGUGAAAAAUAAAACCCAAAGCAGAAUAAAAACUACUAACUCUAGGCCUUCAAGCUCUCAGGCGCAUAAUGUGAUAGCGUAUAUCGUUAAAUGCAUGUUUUUUUCCGGGAUAAUGAGAAGAGCACACAUGAAAAUCAAAUGAAAAACGAUGUACUACGAGAAUGAAGUGAAAUUAACGAUAAAUAGGAAAUAAUGAUUAUUUAAAAAACGACUAAGAAUCAUCAUCGAUGAACGCAGGACUAAACACCGAGGUUGUAUUCCGCAGUCGCGAAUAAAAAAAAAAUGAAAUCUCGCCUUGUCACCGAAAAAUUACAUGAAUUCGAAAAACGAACCAUCGUAUCGUCGCUACGACUGUAAAUGAUUCCUAUACACCAGAUAUUCGAAGUGCAAUCCUGAAUCUUUUGAACUAGGCCAGUCCAAUGGAACUCACGUUAUAAAGAUUUUGCGAUAAAGCAAAUUUCUUUUUCUAUUUCGAAAGAUUCUUCUUUUUUCUUUUUUAUAACUCUUUCUUAGUUAUUCAACAUUUUUACACAUGCGAAGAGAGUUUAUAACAAGCAAAUUUUUAAGUGUGUUUAACAAGCAAAUAGCCACUGUGUAAAAGUUGCUCUUUUUCUUCAAUUGGUUACGUUACUGUGAUACAACAAGUAUUAUAAUAAUAUAGUAAUAAUUCAUUACUAUAUGUAUAUAUAGAUAUAUAUAUAUACCAUCAUUCGUUGUCAUCAUGCAUUGAUGAAAAUAUCUCAUAAUAGAUUACAUUCGCUACUUUCUUCCGUAAUAUUUCUAUAUAAGUAUAAUUAUAGUUGCAUUCCAUGCACCCAUGAAAGCAGCUAUAAUUAUUCUGUACAACAUAGAUUAAAUAUUAAAUAUUCGCGACAAUGAUGUCCAUGCUUGUUAGUAUAAUUCUGUUCGCCGUGUGACUAUAGAGUAAACUAUAAUCACCAUUGCGACUGAAUACAUAUAGUAAUCAGUCAUUAUAGCAACUGAUUUUGUAAUGAAAGAGUUAAGCGAUACAUGUUAUGUGAAAUCUGUACGAAAUGGCAACGCUAAACAAAAACGUGAGGUUCUUAACUCGAAUAAAGCUUAUAUCUACCGUAAGGACUCGACUAAUUCAAACGAUCAUCAUUCUACGUCGUCGUGACUGCUCAUCGAUCAAAGGAUUUUUCAGACUCAAUUUUUAAUUCACAGCCGGUUACAAUAUACGAUUCUUGACUUUUGAAACCAAUAACACGAUGUUCAGGGCGAUACGUAAAUUUUUCUGAAAAGAUAUCCUCGUCCCAAUAAAAAUGGCUCGAAGGAAAAAGAAAAACGAUAAAAUUUCCCGCGUUUCCUCCUCUACGAAAUAAUUUAAAUAAUCACGAUCUUAUAAUACAACAUAUCAUAUCGAACGCAUAGAGAAUAAAUUAAAUAUCUGCGAAUACGUAAGUACUUAAGUGUACAAUUAUAAAUAGGAUAGAGAAAUCAAACGUCGCCAGUCAGAUUGGCUCUUUCCUCUAUACUGUUUACACGUUAGCAUCUGCAUAACUGAACUCCGCGACAGAAACGAAAGGGAAAGCGCGGUUCUCCCCCUUCUAUCUUGUUACAAUCGUUAAUAUGACGAUGAAUAUACUCGCAUUAUUCUAACGUGCACGGUGUGUGUAUGUGUGUGUGUCUCUCUGUGUGUGUAAGAAUACAUUCAAUAAUGCUAAGCGACAUACAAAUGUUCCCCCUAUGUUUAAAUGUGACUGCACUUUUUCUUCGGAUUUUAUCCGA